AUGGAGUCGACAACCAAAAGAGAGGCUGUCUCGGACGCCGUGCCGUCUGCCAAAUUCUUACAAGGUAUGCGCACGUCGAACUGGGCAAGUAUCAUUGGCCCCCAGGCGGUCUUGUUCCCACUACUGCUCCCAGUCGCCUCGAUCCAAUGGAUGUUCGUGGACUUGAAAUGCUUCAACAGAGUUCUGACAGCUGCCCUCCACCCAGCCCGCAUUACUGCCCUCUCAACCACGCUGAUCAAGAGGCUUGAGAACAUCCUCGCCGCGGCCCUCGACGAUACAGCUGGGCAAACUGCCGCCGGUACGGGCAAUCCUCCAGCCCCGCCAUCACUGAUAGACACGGCCGUGCAACAAUUUCAACUCGAGGUCGAGUCGACAGCCAUCGUCCGCGCGGCAGAGGAGAUCAUGAUGCUCACGCGGACAAUGAAGGAGAUCUGGCUCUUUGGCGGACUGGACACUCUCGCUGGGGACCACGAUGGCCGGGAUCGCAAUGGACAGGACGAGGCAGCAAGAAGAAAGAUGGAGGAAGAUGUCAAGGUGGUGGAAGCGGGAUUCAAGAAGUUUCUGGAGAAGUACGAGACGACGCUCGAUCUAAGCGACACCCAAGAGUAA